AGAUGGGAGAAUCAAUUUACCUGAUGGUCCUGAAAAAAAUUCAAGAACCGUACGUCUACGAGCCAGAUAGGAAUGUGUUACGGAGGAAAGAACGGGAAAGAAGGAACCAGGAAACUCAACAAGAUGACGGCACGUUUAAUUCCAGUUACUCGCUCUUCAGUGAGCCCUAUAAGACUAACAAAGGGGAUGAGCUCUCCAACCGGAUCCAGAAUACCUUAGGCAAUUAUGAUGAAAUGAAAGACUUUUUAACUGAUAGAUCCAAUCAGAGUCAUCUCGUUGGCGUUCCCAAACCUGGGGUUCCUCAGACUCCUGUGAACAAGAUCGAUGAACAUUUUGUUGCAGAUUCGCGAGCCCAACCCCAGCCCUCGUCUGUCUGUAGCACCGCAUCUUCCACACCAGCAGCUGUCCCUGUGCAGCAGAGCAAGAGGGGCACCGCGGGCUGGCAGAAGGCUGGGCACCCACCACCUGACGGCCAGCAGAGAGCAACACAACAGGGCUCUCUCAGGACCUUGCUUGGAGAUGGUGUGGGCCGGCAGUCGUCGCGUGCCAAACAAGUGUGCAGUGUAGACGUGGGCCUUCAGGCCCAGGAGCGGCCGCCCACGAUGGCGGCCAAACACAGCAGCGGAGGACACUGUGUUCAGAACUUUCCUCCAUCCCUGGCUUCCAAACCCAGCCUGGUCCAGCAGAAACCAACCGCAUACGUGCGGCCCAUGGACGGCCAAGAUCAGGCUCCUGAUGAGUCUCCUAAGCUUAAGUCGUCUACAGAAACCAGUGUGCAUUGCCCAUCCUACCGGGGCGUCCCAGCCAGCAAGCCAGAGUCGGCCAGGGCCAAGGCCAAGCUGUCCAAGUUCAGCAUCCCCAAGCAAGGAGAGGAAAGUAGAUCUGGAGAGAACAACAGCUGUGUAGAAGAAAUCAUCCGGGAGAUGACCUGGCUCCCACCUCUUUCUGCUAUUCAGGCACCUGGCAAAGUGGAACCAAGCAAAUUUCCAUUUCCAAAUAAGGACUCUCAGCUUGUUACCACCGGACACAAUAAUCCAAAGAAAGGUGAUGCAGAGCCAGAGAGCCCAGACAAUGGCACAUCGCAUACAUCAAUGCUAGAAGAUGACCUUAAGCUAAGUAGUGACGAAGAAGAGAAUGAACAGCAGGCGGCCCAGAGACCUACUCUCCGCGCUCUGUCUGACAGCACCGUGGUCCCACCGCCCACCUGCAGAGCCUCCGUGCCUUCCUGCAAGGGCAGCAGCAGCGGCAGCAGCAGCAGCAGCAGCAGCUCCAGCGACUCAGAGAGCAGCUCUGGAUCUGACUCGGAGACUGAGAGCAGUUCUAGCGAGAGCGAGGGCAGCAAGCCCCCCCACUUCUCCAGCCCCGAGGCUGAGCCGGCAUCUUCCAACAAGUGGCAGCUGGAUAAAUUGCUAAACAAAGUUAAUCCCCACAAGCCUCCUAUUUUGAUCCAGAAUGAAAGCCACGGGCCGGAGAGCACUCAGUACUAUCCCCCAGCUAAAGACGAAGUGCAAGACGGUGGGAAACUUCCCGACGUUUGCCCAGCCAGCCUGAGAGAGAAGGAGCUCAAGAGCGCCUGCAAGGAGGAGCAGAGGCCGAGGACAGCGAACAAGGCCCCGGGGAGCAAGGGUGUGAAGCAGAAGUCCCCGCCCGCGGCCGUGGCUGUGAGCGCCGCCGCCCCCCCGCCACCCGCGCUGCCCGGCGCGCCAGGGGAGAGCGCCCCCGCGCCUGCCCGGAGAUCGGCCGACGCACUCGGGGCGAGCGUUGUGGUUCCCCCAGAGCCCACCAAAACCAAGCCCUGUGGCAACAACAGAACGAGUCACCGCAAGGAGCUGCGCUCCUCCUCGGUGGCCUGCGAGAAGCGCCGCACUCGGGGGCUGAGCAGGAUCGUCCCCAAAUCCAAGGAGUUCAUUGAGACAGAGUCCUCGUCUUCAUCCUCCUCCUCGGACUCGGAUCUGGAAUCAGAGCAGGAGGAGUACCCACUGUCCAAAGCCCAGACCGUGGCCACCGCUGCCUCCUCCGGGGGAGACCAGAGACUGAAGGAUGCCUCCAGCAGCAUCAGCAGUGGCGGUGGCCCUCGGGCCCCUGUAGGCUCUAUCAACGCCAGGACCACCAGUGACAUCGCCAAGGAGCUGGAGGAGCAGUUCUACACGCUGGUCCCCUUUGGUCGGAACGAACUUCUCUCCCCUCUGAAGGACAGUGACGAGGUCAGGUCUCUCUGGGUCAAAAUCGACCUGACCCUCCUGUCCAGAAUCCCAGAACACCUGCCCCAGGAGCCAGGAGUCUUGAGUACUCCUGCUGCAAAGGACGCUGAGGGCGUACCCCCAAGCCACACAUCGGACACACCGCCUGAAAAGACUUUGCCAAAAUCCAAGAGGAAACGCAAGUGUGACAACGAAGACGACUACAGGGAGAGCAAGAAGACCCAGGGAGACAAAGAGAGCUCUUCCAGACUGGCUGCCUCGACCAAUAACACUCUGUCUGCAAACCACUGCAAUAUGAACAUCAAUAGCCUGGCAAUACCAAUAAAUAAAAGUGAAAAAAUGCUCCGGUCACCCAUCUCACCCCUCUGCGAUGCAUCUAAACACAAAUACCCCAGUGAGGACUUCACUUCUUCCGGCCGACCUCACGGCAAUGGUUUGUUCACGUCCACCUCUUCCAACAAAAAGCAUAAGGCCGACAACCAGCCACAGUCUCAUGCUGGAGACCUUCCGAAAGCCGCUCACAACAACUCUGAAAAUGUUCUCCACAAGUCACGGCCACAAACAGAGCCGUGGUCUCCAGGCUCCAACGGCCACAGGGAAUGCAAGAGGCAGAAGCUUGUCUUCGAUGACAUGCCUCGCAGUGCAGAUUAUUUUAUGCAAGAAGCUAAACGGAUGAAGCAUAAAGCCGAUGCAAUGGUGGAGAAGUUUGGGAAGGCUUUGAACUAUGCAGAAGCAGCCUUGUCGUUCAUUGAGUGUGGAAAUGCAAUGGAACAAGGCCCCAUGGAAUCCAAAUCGCCCUAUACGAUGUAUUCAGAAACGGUCGAGCUCAUAAGGUAUGCGAUGAGACUAAAAACUCACUCAGGCCCUAAUGCCACACCAGAAGACAAACAGCUGGCUGCGUUAUGCUACCGAUGCCUCGCCCUCCUGUACUGGCGGAUGUUUCGACUCAAAAGGGACCACGCCGUCAAGUACUCCAAAGCGCUCAUUGACUAUUUUAAGAAUUCAUCUAAAGCUGCCCAAGCCCCGUCGCCAUGGGGGGCCAGUGGAAAGAGCACUGGAACCCCAUCCCCCAUGUCUCCCAACCCCUCUCCCACCAGCUCCGUGGGGUCUCAGGGCAGCCUCUCCAACACCAGCGCCCUGUCCCCGUCACCCAUCGUCAGCAUCCCGCAGCGCAUCCACCAGAUGGCGGCCAAUCACGUCAGCAUCACCAACAGCAUCCUCCACAGCUACGACUACUGGGAGAUGGCCGACAGCCUGGCCAAAGAAAACAGAGAAUUCUUCAACGACCUGGACCUGCUCAUGGGCCCUGUCACCCUGCACAGCAGCAUGGAGCACCUGGUCCAGUACUCCCAGCAGGGCCUGCACUGGCUACGCAACAGCGCCCACCUGUCAUAGGGACCACGCCCUGAGCCGGACUGCUCUCGGCUCCACGGACGGCUCGAUGUUUCUGGACACUGUGCUACUGAAACCCCCAGCCACAGCGUUGGCCAGACUGCGCGGAACCUUCCCUCAGCAUUGAAAAGUGGUCUUUUCCCAGGGCAUGUGUGUUUAUAUGUGUGCGUGUAUAAGGAGCUGCCCGUGUGCGUGUAUAAGAUACACGGCUCUUCAGAACACGUUUUCUUUGUCUAGUUUGUGUAAUCCCAAACUAGACAGAGUGAUCAAGAGUUCCUGAUCGGAGGAAGUACACUUACACACGUACGCACAUACAGACACACGAUCACAGGCACACGCUUUCUAUUCCAGUGCUAAACCAUGACUUAGAAAAUCCAACCAAAAUCUCAUGGGUUAGUUAACCAGGUGCAAUACAGCACAUCGAAAGCUCGACUGCCAGUUAAGAUGAACCCAGCUCUUAUACUAUUGAUGACUUUCAGUAUUGAUCUACUGUGUCCCAAUUAUUUUUUGAUUGGUAUGUAUUCAUGGGUAAUUGGAUAAUGAAAACAAGUCAGUUAUUUUUGUUUACUAGGAGUUUAUUAGAUUGCAUGUUACCAGACACCCCGCCCUUCCUCCAUUACCCAUCUCCACAUCUGACUUUAUUAUCUAAAAACAUUACAAGCAAAUGGGUCAGGUCCCGUAAGCCUUCUCUGCCCCACCCCCAACUAAUAUGAAAUGGCACUGAGAUUUGGUUAAAAAAAAAAAUACUCGGUGUCUUUGGAAGUUAACAGAAAUCAAUGCUGCCAUUUGGGGCUCGGUUAGGAAUGGAAAUCUUCUGCACCUGUGACAACAAACCCACCAGGCACACGCAUUUUUCUUCCUGCCACUGUGACUCAGUGGCUGUAAAGCCACACGGCAUUUGUCGGCCAAUAUGUUCCAGUCUUUGCUUUCCACGGCAGCUGUCUUACAAGCUGUCUUGGCCAAAUGAGGACCUGUCCUAGUGUCCUUUCACUAGGAGUCUGCAUUUGUUUCUUCUCAGGCUGAGAGCGCUUUGCUAUCCUAAUGCUCUAGAGUUGUUGGAGAGGUCAGGACGCAUUUUUUGCUUAGAAAACCCCAAAAAUACGCCAUGACUUAUCUGACAACCCAAUAUUUGAUUUCCUCACUCAUCGUGCAGAAAGUGCCACUGCCAGCCUUUGACCCAUUUUAAUCUGGGGGAUAUUUUCCAAGCUUUGAUAUUUUCCAACUUCUGCUAUGACUGCUGCUGGUUGGGGAAGCAGUGACCAUGGCCUCUCGCUUAUGCCUUUUGCAUUUGGUAUGUUUACAUUUUGCCUGUGGUUCUUUUUCUUUUUCCUUUUAUUUUUUUUUAUUACGUUUACAUUUUUUACAUCUCGUUUACAGUUUUUGUCUGAAGUUUCUUUUAUGAUAUCUUGUCAUACCUACAUUUAAGUCUUCUUGUCAAAUAUGAAAUACUGGAUAUGAGAUAUUGGUACAAAGAAAGUAACUCCUAAAAAAAGAAGUUUUAUAUUGCCAGAGUUUAAAAACAAAAAGAACGUCCUCAAGUUGUCUUACUUGACAAAAUUGCACCAGGGUGGUCUGAGAAAGACGGGUGAUACAAUAUCUACAGCAAUUAAUAUUUCAAAGUGGUAGUGGUACAAAAUAUUUGUAAUAGAUGCUGAUAAUGUACUUUCAAUAAUAAUUGUAAAGGUUUGGUUGCAAUGCUAAUAUUUUCUGUCAGCCCGAGCUCUAGGCAGGAGAUUAGAUUGCUGUUAACUCCCUAGCUCGAAGAACAAUUCAAGACUGUGCAACUGAUUAGACAACAUUGUGUGAUCUGAAAUUCAUUGAAAAUGAACAGGUGAAGGGCUUGUGGAUUUGCAUUUGUCUUUGGCCUUUAAGCAUUCAGAAUUAGGAACAUGAUUCCCAUUUUCCAUUCAUCCAGCUGAGGUGCUCCAUACCUAAUUGUUGACAGAGUUCCAAAUCCCAUCCUAUGUUGGAAACUUGAAUCUAAAUUAAAUGAAUUUUGAAUCAUUUUGAUUUCUGCAGGACCAAGAUUUUGUUCUACUUACCCUUGAUCAAUUCCAAUGAAAUGUUCAAACUCACAUAAAGCAAUGACCCUUGGGGACAACCGUAAAUUGACAGGGAAACUUUCUGGGCUCGCCCAUCUUUAAAGUUGGAGGCUUUGUCAUGGCAUCCAUGUGAUGUGCUUCCCUGUGGCAUCCCAUUUAACAGGUGACCUCUGGUUGUGCCAGCAAUGUCUCUCAGCACUUUGGUGACAUGUUUCCUACAAAACGUCUUGAAACUGGUCAUCUUAUAGGAUGACCAGAGCAUGCAGUCCCUGCUGUCACCUCUCAUUCUCUCUGGUCUGUGAGCAUGGCAGCAGCAGUUUCUUUUGGAUUCAGUGUGGAGGAUUUCAGUAAGGAACUGUCUUCUGAUGGUUGCUUGUGAAAAGUCACUCAUAACUUCCUCCUUUCAUUUCUUUCUGUUCCCACGUUGAGAUGUCUUUCUUGUGUUCUUUGAUUUUAAAUGUCAUACCUGCUCGUUGUAAAGAUUCAAACAGUGCAGAAAUGUAGAAAAGAUAGAUCCCUCAGUUUUCCCAACCCCUUGAGACAACCCUGCUCACAGCUGGACGUAUGCCUUUCAGAGACUCUUGCAUUUAGACAUAAAAUGUUUGAUACUACUUCUUUGUAUUUGAAGACAUAUGCUUUCCUCAGACGUUCAAGACAAGUUCCAUCUAACCUGAUGCUUCCAUGGCAUGAGUAGAUGCCAUUCUUUCUCACAUUAAAAUUAUCCUUGAGAGAGAGAAUAGUCCAGGAAUAAUCCAAACAUCUUCCUGAUCAGAGUCUGCCAUUUGUUAGUGCUCGACACAAAUCAGGCUGGUGCGCAGAAUUGCGCCUGGAGAGAGAGGUUUGGUUAAGACAGAUGUGUCUAGAAACUUCCAAAUUGCAAACAGAAACGCAGACCCACUAUCUAAAGAGGAAUGUGCUGGAAAAAGGUCAUCAGAAAGAGUUGACAGAUUGUGUACUAGGUUGAACACACAGAAUGCAAUGCAAUGGGACUUCCUGCACUAAAACUUAUCCUAGUAUGUACAACAAUGAUGUGUGUAUUAUAUAACAGUGAUGUGUACAUUUCUGACACCCCAUACGUAAUAUACACAGUCUGUAUAAAUACAUACAUUUAAAAAUAUAUAUGUACAAUACAGCUAACACAAAACUGUAGUACGCCUGAAGGAUAUUACUAGUGCCUAAUAUUGAGUAUAAGUCACUGCGUGUUCAUAUCACCUUGGGAGUGCAGUAAUUGUUAUAAAAUUAACCCGUGCAGCCAACAUUAUUUAUGAAUCACAUCUUUGAAACUGUGCAGUAGCAUAUACAUAUAUAUUUUUAAAUAACAUUUUUCACAGUUUUCCAGAGUUACUGUUGAAAUCUGUAUCACCAAAAAAAGGAAAAAAAGCAAGAUUUUUUUAAUGACGUAGACACUCUUCAGACCCCGUAAUCUGCGUGUGAUUUCCUGUUUGUAGAUACCCAAGAGACUUUAGCAGUCACCAGCCUUAAUGCAUGUACAGGAUAUUAUUGUGACUUAAUUUAUCUGCAGUUUUUAAUCCAUGUGAAAUUGGAAUUUAUAAACGGACUCGGAUUAAAUAUGUCUGCCUUUCUAAGGUCGCAAAUAUUACAUUAAAUGAUUUAUGUUGUAAAUGAGAGAAAUCGAGUUAUAUGUUUAAAAAAAAAGUCCACCAAUUUCUAUGAAUAUUUUUACAAGGACACUUAAGAAUCAAAAUGCCUUUGAAUCAGUAUUCUAUUCCUAGUUCAUAGUCUCUUUAGAAGCAACAUUGUUGUUUUAUGAAUGUUUUGAAUAUAGCUCCCACAGAAUAUCAUUUUACUAAGUCUGAUAUUUUUCAUGGAAAAAAAUGUGUUUCUCUUCAUUAUAACUAUAGUUUACUGCUUGUCUUCUCUGUUUCCCAGUAUACACACACACACACACACACACACCAUUGCCCCAGAAAACACCUACUAGAAAGCUUGAGAAGUUGAUAUUGAUGACUGCAUGGGUGUUUGUUCAACCAAUAACCCUGAGACUCUGUUUUACUCAAUUGUUUUUUCAAUUGCUUGAGAACAGGAGUGUUCGCCAUGAGGAGGAAGGGACAACCCCUACUGGGUCAUGGCCACAUCCAAUCCCUUCUCCAUUUCUUCAUUCUGUCAGGAUGCGAGGCAUGCACGCACACAUGCCCACUGUGCUUUUCAGCAGCUGGAGCUGGAAUUCAGCUUGUGGUCAGCCCUGUGUGAUCCAGCUCCCUUUGCCACUAGGUUAUGGGCCAUCCCUACUCUACGUUUUUUAAUGACACAAGUCAGCUCCCUGACUUGUACGUGAGGUUUGUUCAGCUUAAACCAACACGAUAGAGUCACAUUUGCAAUAUUUGGUUGAGUAAAAUAAGAGAAUUUUAAUCUAAAGAAGAUGGGAAUAUUAGGUCAGUGGCAUGAUAUGUCACCCUAUGUGGGAAGGCUUUUUGUUCAUCUCAUUUUUACUCUUACCUCCCUCCCUUUCCCAUCUUCUGCUCCUCAAACUGAACUAAAGAAGCAGAAACAGCAAUAAAAACAAAACAAAUACAUCACCUUCUCUAGCCCAUAUCAUUAGACUCAAAUAACUCUUGUCUUUUCCCACUGCACCACCUUUUAUAAUUCACAUGUGUCUAGAUAAGAAAUGCAGAAAGUUCCUUUCAGUUCUAUUGAGGCUUCCAAGAGCCAAGCAGAGGGUCUAUGGCCAUACCACCCCGAUUGCACCUUACCUCAUCUGAUCUCAGAAGCUAAGCAGGAUUGGGCCUGAUUAGUACUUAGAUGGAAAACUAAGCAAAGUGAUAGAAUAGAGUCGUGGUUAAGGGACCAGCAAGUUAGCAUAAUGCCUAUGUUGCUGGACUCCCAUACACAACCACUGUUUGA